AUGACGGCACCUGUAAGCAGUCCAGUAGAUGAUCUAAAUCUUCCUGAAGAUGCCAUUAUUGAAAGUCAACUUGAAAAAGUGUUUGGUGAUUCUGCAAUCGUAAACGAAACAAUUGAUGAUCAAGAAAGUUAUUCAGUGAGUUCCUUGAUUAAUAUUUUAGAUACAGAACAAUUAUCUGAUGAUCCACCAAUACAGGUUACAAAUGAAUAUAUGUCACAGGAAAAAUCUGGCGAACCACCAAUACAGAUUACAAAUGAAUAUAUGGAGACACAGAAAAAAUCUGGAACACAGGAAGAAUGGAGACAAGAAGCAUAUGUCAGCGAAAGAGACAUUGAAAUUCAAGAAUGUUUAGAUGAGAUUUGUGGAGAAUCCAUCAAUAGGUAA